AUGUCCACUGUCACCUAUCGCCACCGCCGUGUGACGCCGCGCACCAACGAUGUGAAUGCUACUGUACCCCCGCCUAUGCGUGUUGCAGAGCGCUCAAACAAACUACGAACUUUGCUCAUUAUUUUCGCCAUCACGACCAUUGCUUUGGCCGGUUUCCAAUUCUUGCGCCUACGCACCAUGCGGAGCAAGCGUGUACAGAUCCGCACUGCAGCGCCUCCCUCUGCGAUGGUUGCUCAAGUUGCACAGAGCGAGAAACUAUCUCCCGUUGAGCCGGGCACUGAGGGUGAGGUUGAAGUGCAAUUUGACGAGACGGGCGAACUGGAUCUGGGUACGAUGCAACGAUUGCUGGACAUAAUGUACCGUGGUCCGAAAGACCCUGAAGGGUACAAAUCCGUUGAGCAGGAUGUUGAUGCGCAAGAGGGCGCCUACCGCUUCCGAAAAGAGUCGCAGCAAGACGAGCAUGUGCCGCUUUUGUAA